UCCAUCCUCCCUCCCUUUCUGUCUCUGCCGCUCACCAGUGAAUGAGUCCGCUCAGAGUCUCGCCGUUCCGUAGCGCAGCCUCUUCCUCUCUUUCUCUUCCACCGUUCUCUCUGUCCUUCCCUGCCUUUGGAGCAGACAGAGGAGCAUCGGCACGGCAACGGAGCCACACAGGAGCAACGGAGAAGCCUGGAAACAAACGAGCUUCUGAACAUUUCCAACAUCAACACAUGCAUCCAACGUGAAACAGUUCCAAAGACAGACCGGAGCAACAGAUUGCUCUUUAGGUGCAACUGUUGCUGAAACUGAUGGUGGCCCACCUGAUCUGAGACGAAGCUGGCAUCUGCGGAUUUGGGAAAACAGUUUCUCUGAAUGAAAGGAAAGCACUGACUCUGCCCAAAGCAGGAGGAACCAGCACUGCCAGGCGACGAGAAGAGAGGUCUCUGAUUCAUCUGGGAAAGCAAGACGGUUCAUGCAGGGCGUGAACAUCACCUUUACCACCCCGUCGUUCAUCCUUCUGCAGAAACCAAAGAUCACAAGUCAUUUGGAUGUGUAAAAUAGAUGGAGGAUGUUGGUUCAGAGGUAAGCUGUGAAUUGAGAAGAGCAACAUCAAAUCUAAUUGUUGCAAAGAUGCAGGUAAGGGCCACCAAGUGACGCCAGUAAAUCCAACAGGAAAUGACUUCUGAAGACCACAGAGGGUAAAAGAGCAGGAUGGUUACAAGUAUCUACUGAAGAACGAAACCAGGGAGACUCGCAAUGACUGGCAGAUGUUCUUCUCCAACAAAAACUGCAUGAACACGAAGAAAGAAAGCAUUCGUAUCUUGCUACACUACUUUAUUUUUUCUAGGAUGUUUAGCACCUGUGGAGCUUGCUUCUUUAAAAGCAUUCAAGCCUUUCCUCCUCCGUAACUUUUGCUGCAGCUAAAUCUGCACCGAUUUAAGUCGGUGUUGACGUUGUUGUUCCGACUCUUCUUUUCGGGGUGAAGUGGAUCUGCCGUGGGGGCAGCUGACAGCCGUCCAAAACGCCGCGAGCCGUACUCCGCGUGAAGAAUGCCCAGCCGCGCUUGGCCAAGCCGGCCGACCCGGGCCCGACGGCGGGCCUAUACAUGGAGAGAUCGCAGAGCCGCAUCAGCCUCUCGGCGUCCUUUGAGGCCCUCGCCAUCUACUUCCCCUGUAUGAACUCCUUCGAUGAGGACGAUGGCGUGGACACCGAUGGCAGGAAGUUGAAGGGAGGCAUCCAGAGGAGCACGGAGACGGGUUUGGCGGUGGAGAUGCCGAGUCGGACCGUCCGCCAGGCCAGCCAUGAAUCCAUAGAGGACAGCAUGAACAGCUACGGCUCCGAGGGGAAUUCUGUUAUUAUUCGUGCAGGCGAUGUAGAAAUCGGCCUGACGGAGAGAAACGGGGGUCUGGAAGUAGAAGUUGUUCAAGCGAGAGGACUCACCAUGAAACCAGGCUCAAAGGGACCUCCAGCGGCAUACAUCAAAGUUUACCUCCUGGAGAACGGAGUCUGUGUGGCCAAGAAGAAGACCAAAGCAGUGAGGAAGUCUCUGGAUCCUCUCUACAAUCAGGUCCUGGUCUUUUCUGAAAGCCCACAGGGGAAAGUGGUGCAGGUCAUUGUUUGGGGAAACUACGGACGAAUGGACCGUAAAAGCUUCAUGGGCGUAGCUCGAAUCCUAUUGGAGGAGCUUGACCUGAGCACCAUGGUGAUUGGCUGGUACAAGUUGUUCCCUACCUCCUCCAUGGUGGACCCGACCAUGGCGCCACUGAUCCGCCACUCAUCUCAGAUGUCUCUGGAGAGCACCAUUGGACCAUGUUGUGAGAGAUCCUAAGACUCAGGAAGGAAACUGUGGAGUUUCCUGUCGCUCAGAUUAAACUGAGUCUGAAGAAACGUUUUUAAACCCUGUAGCUCUGCGCCUGGCUCAGCUGGUCACCACUUCACCUGCACCAGGAACAAGUUAAGAUUCACAAGUCUGGGGAACGAUCAGAACUGAUAAAUGACUGUGCUAACCAGCCGGUUGUCCUGCAUUCAUUUGAAAUAUAUAAUAGUUUGGAAGCAGAUUGUGUCCCAUGACUCUUGGGAACCGCAUUUCUUUUAUUGUUGUAACUGACCAUCCCUCAGACUCUAAGGGAGAUUUCUCUGCCUUCAGAUGUCUUUGAUGGAAGGAGAAACCAAACCCUCCUUAAUGAGGAUACUUCAAAGCAGAGCUCGGAUGCUGACAUUGAUCACAUCCUAUUGGGACUCGGCGGCUCCGUUUGCUGCAGCUGCCCGCCUCCUCUGCAGCCUACAUCCAACUCUCAUUCCCAGGGCUGCUUGUUGUCUUUCUACGUCCUCACCGUAAUGUUUGAGAAACCAGUUCCUAUCGAUGGAUGUGUAUGCAGCAGGACUAAAAACACUAAGGUCUAAGUUAUUUGUUGCGACAUACCAGGAGAUACUGGGUCCAACCAAAUGAGCUGUUUUUGUGUUUUUUUUCUCUGCGUUCCACAUUGGUUGAAUGAUGUUCAACUCCAUGAAACAUGUGGGCGAUCCCAACAUGGCUGACAGCUGUUGUAGCUUCUGGAAGGAUCUGGAUCUUAGCCUGAAGUUAGGGAUGACGCUGCUGCUGGUUUCUGUGCACACAGUUCGUUAGAGCCUCACAUCGCAGCAUUUAGCUGGCUCACCUGUGGACCUACGUUACAGGGCUAAUCCUUCUCAGUCCCCAAAAACUGUUUGCAACCUGCUAAUGUUCACCAGUUACUAACUCACAUGACAUUUAAAGCACUUUUCAGUCUAUUCAGUUGAUGUUGUGUUGAUUUUAAAGAGAAAUAUACAUCCUUGCCUAUUAUAAAAAAGUGACAAAGUCAAUUUAUUCUAACUAGGGUUUCAAAAAUAAAGGUGGCAAAGAUUUAUUUUUUGUAAAUUGUGAAUUAUAAACGUCCUCCAGAUUCUGUCCUGGUGCGAAAACUGAGAACUGCAGCGAAGAACCCCUAAAUUAAAUGAAAUUGUAUGCAUGCAGUCUAUUCUACAGGAUUAUGAUUUUAAUAUAAAGUGGCUAAUGUUAAAUGCAUGACAUUAGCACAUUUAAAUUUUGCUGAGGCCUUACAGGGAACAGAAUGUACCCAGCAUGAAGCAGCCAGGUGUAUUCUGGGUCUAAAGUAACAAAUGUUUGUUCUUUAUUUAUUAUUUCUGCUCUGCUUUGGUUCGUUUUCGCCUCCUCAUGCAGAUCACACUGAAUGCAGCGGCCGCUAUCACUGGAAAAAACAAGAAAAGUUCAAUCUUGGUUGCUGUAAAGAGCAAACAGCUGCCUGUGAACCUGGCAGCUGCAGCAGCUCUUCAGAUAGAUUUCUAACAUUCCUCUAGUCUUUUUUAAGCUUUGGUGAAUAACAGUUUCUGUUGUGCCAAUUUCUACCAGCACGUGUCUUCUUCCUCUUCCUCAGUUACCUUGUGGCAUGUGCCAUUGUGAGGGAGACAGCAGAAAAACCCAGCAGCAUUCAGGCUGCGCAGAGAAGCGUCGCUUUCAUUCUAAAUUAAAGCCCUGAUCCACUGAAAGCCAAGCCACCUGGUGAUUAGCCAUGCUUCGACUGAAAACCGGAGGGAGGAAGAGAGGGAGGAAGAGGAGAGAGAGAAAGAGAGCAUGAAAUCUUCUUUGCACCAUCCAAACAAAGGAUCUGUCUGGAAUGACGUCAGGUGUUACAGACUUCAAAAGAGGACGGAGAAAUGGGAUGAACGUAAAGGGAACACAAUGUGCACACUGUAGAGAAAUUUUAUUAGAGCAAAAACCAUUUAUUUGGGCACUUUAAGAUCCAUAAUGUCUCCUUUCUGUGUACAUAUGACCACUGGUUGUGUCUUUUGGUGUGAGCCAAAGUGAAUCUGUCAUGACUUUGUUGAUAAAUGUUGAAACACAAGUGGAAGGAGGUGAUGAUAUCUUUGGUAGAUUCUUUUUCUGAGACUGUAGCAGUAGCUGGUAGCAUCUGCAUGACAGGUUAACAUUUCUACUAUUAGCACAAAACUUGAUAAGAUUUAACAUGAGCUACACAGAGGUCACGGUUUGAACUGAGGAACAUUCCUAUGUAGCACUUUUAUCCUUUCUUUCUUAAGAUGUUUUGUUUCAGCUGCUUUCUGUUAAAAAAUAAAACUAACUCAUCAAGACUUUUUAAUCUUCUUGUUGGUUAGAAGCAAAAUUUUGAAAUAAAAUCCGUUUGGUUGCCGUAAUCACUGGAUGAAUUCCUCUAAUUCAAAUCAUUUUUUGUAAAAGUGGCCUCUGCUUUGCCGGUAGCAUCGUUCCAAGCAAAUUCCUUUCACUCUGUGAAGCAAUAAAGCAUCCAGUUCAUGCAUAACAAAAACACAAGUUAUGAUUUCAUCACCAAUGUAUCAGUUCUACUGUCUGAAAAGCCAUUCAUGUUCUCCAGUGGGAUGUUCAUGCUUUACAUGUCUGUGGAAGGUUUUGACACAAAACACACUUUGCAAAACCCAACAACUAAACAUUAUUGUACAUUUAAUUAUGUUUAAACUCUCAAUGGAAAUGCCUCUAAAAUGCUGUGCAUGUAAACAUUUUAGGAGAUUUCUUUUAGCCCAGAAAUCACUGCUCUGAUUGGUCAACCUCUCAGUGGGUCUCAGCUCUGAAGGAAUCGAUUGAUUUCAGGCCAGAAGCACUCUGGGUUGAAUCCUCUACUCUCAUUUGGUGGAAACACAAAAAGAGUUUCAUCUUUGAAGACAAUAAGCAGAUAAUCACUAAGCCUGAAAAGUGAAAGGUGUUGUGUUGCCAGCUAUAAUUACUGAUUUGUCUGGAGAGAAGGAGAUGAAGACACCAGCUCUCCUUCAGCUCAGACAGGGGAAGUUUGAUGGAUAUUUAAUAUAAUAGUUCAUAUUAACUAAAUUAUGACCACCUUGUCAAGCUUUGCAAUAGCUCUUUGCUCACCGUUGUCCAAAACUGUUGAUGCAUGUGCAACACGAGUGAUUGUUUUCUGAUAAACCCCUUCAAUCUGUUUUCAGACUGGAUAAAAAUCAGCAGCAGUGUAGAAAUACACGACGCAGUCGGAUGAUCUUUGGAGAUUAUUGGUGGCUCUCCUCAUGAUGAUCACAAACAUUUUGCAGCAGCUUUGAACAUACAACAAGCCUGGAGAUAAAGGUUUAUUGUCAUAAUGCUGGCAGCUGAAGUUACAUGUUUAAGACCAGACAGCACCUGAUUUACUACUUUACCCAUUUCCAACAUAUUCCAAGGAGAGCAUCAACCAGUGGAAAACUUUAAAAAAUGUAUUUUAUCUUAUGGAUGGUUUCACAAAACGACAAAUAUCCCUAACAUUAAGAAUUAACUGAUGGCUGGGAACAAAAUACAUAACAGCAGCUAUUUCUGAACUUUAGGACAUGUUAGUAAAUCUGUAUGAAUCUAAAAUAGACAUAUUUAUAUUUACAUGAAAUAACUGCAGACUGUGACCCAGGGAAUGUCAAGGUUAUGAUAUAUUGAGAACUAAUAUCCUAAGUGAUCCACAAAAGGAAACAAACUUCUGCAUUCCCGACUUUAACUUUAGAAAUAAAGUCAGAUGCUUUUCCUGUUAGCUCAAAGCUAGUCCUGUACCCGACGGAAAUGUCCCGCUGCUUCAUAGCUCUGUAGAUUUAGCUGAAAUAAGGCCUAAUGAGAGUCAAACUUGUAAAGAUUCUUCCUGUCAUUUACUCCAACUAACAUGCAUUCAUUGGGCAUUAGGUGAAACGUUGGUUAGCUUUACUUGAUUGUAAAACCUUAAUAGCCGGUUUGUAUUGUGUCUGAAAUGUUUAUGUGCUAAAAACCUGAAGGAAACAAAAUGUACAUCUGCACCACUGACAGAGUCAAAGCCAGUUAGAAGUGAUUGUUCUUUAAAAGCUGCUUCGGGUUGUUUUGUCACUUUAAGGUCUAAUGGAUGAGCUACUGAAAUGAAAUGUCGCAGUUAGCAUACGUCUCACCAAAACGUUACGGUUUCCCUUUGAUUCUGUCACUUGAAUGUUAAAAUGUAAACUUUAUCAAUUGUAAUGUAAAUAGAGGCCUUAACACACAUGACACACAUUUUGUCAGGGCUAAGGACAAAGAAUUGUCAUAUUAUCGUAUCCAAACAACACAAAACAAGAAAAAAUAUACAUAUGGUAUCAACAGUUCAACCCAUGACCAGUAGAAUAGAAACUAUGGAGGUUAUUAUUUUCAUGUGUUUCAAACAACUUUUCCAGACUGACACUUUGACCAAGGUGAACUGCACUUUAUUAUUAUUAUUAUUAUUAUUAUUAUUAUUAUUAUUAUUAUUAUUAGUUUGUUAAGACAUUUUUGAGGCCUGUUGAAAGCAGAGGACUCUCUCCAUCUAUAAGAACGUUUCUGCUUCCUGCUGUUUUCUGUUUGGUUGCAGUUCUGCAAAACUCAGUAAAAUACACUAAAUAUCUCAUGUUAAAUAUUUUAACUUUGUGUCAAACUGAUCUCAGUCGUUUCGAUGUGACGCUUUUUCAUGUUGGCAUUUUUAGUUCCAACUGAUUUUAUGUCCAAAUUAUUCCAACCAACACAGAAUUUCAAGACAUUGUAACUGUUACUAGCUAUUAAUAAAUUAUAAUAUUUUGUAUUUUAGUAAUGAUGAAUAACUAUAAUUGGUUAAAUCAACGAUUACUUUUUAAGGAUAGUUUGAUGUAUUGGCAAUUACAUUGUUACAGAAAUAUACAGAAAUAAUUCACAACAGUUUUAAAUCAUGAGAGAGAAAACAUUCAGACUGAAUUGUUUAGGGAAACGUCUGGUGGAAAUGUGUCUGUUUUUUGCAGAAAAUGCACCUAAGACUUGAACUGGCUUUAAAGUUGAACAAACAUUGCUCAUGAAAAUGUUUUUCUCGUCAAGCAACAAGAAAUUUAAUUAUGUUUUUUCAUGUUUUGAGUGGCAGUGUGUCAUUUUGAAAGAUCAUUUUGGUGAAGGAGUGGGAGGAUAAGAGGGUUGAUACAACACCAAACGCUGGCUGGUGGAAGAUUUCCUCUGCUCUGCUGCUGUGCAGACGCAGCGGUUAUUAAACUAUACCCUCCAUCUUCUCUAGCAAUACUCAUAAAAACGUUCCCCCUCAUGCCAUCUGGAGCAUCCUCCCAUCUGAUGUGUCCCACAUAAGCACGAGCGAAAACAUUUUCAGGCUGUCUUACUCUGCUGAGAAUCAAAGAUGAAAUCAUUUUUCAUCUAUUUUCGUCACAUUUUGCUGUCUUUGUGAUUCAUCCCCUCUGUACUGCUCUUACGAUACGAAGCCAUAAUAUUUCCAUUCACAGCCUUAAAUUUUAAAUUUCCAAACAUUUCUUCCUUCCGCUCCAUAUAUAUAUACAUACUGGAAGGAGAUGUUUUGGUUUUUGGGAGGUGUCAUAAGGUUCUGCAGGCCUUUAUGUUGUUAGAAACAUGUGUGAGCAGCUGUGAAAGCAAAGCUGAUUAUAAAUCUGCUUUCCUCCGUCUAGAGCAUUUACCCAGGGAUAGUUUGCCAAGUAUGUGUCUGUUUUAAGCCUCACCUGUCUGUAGUUUCUGAUGUUAAAUAUCUUCACUGGAUACAGUUUCCGUUUGAAAAUCCUGUUCCCUUUUUUUAGCUUCACUUGAUCAACACCAACAAAUGUUUGCAUAAACCUGGUGUUAGCGCAGCGCUAAGCAGCAGAAGCAUGUGUGCAUCGCUUUUAUUUAUUGCUCAUGUUUUGGCACCUUGAGGACUGAUUUGUUAUCAGGGCAGGAAAACGAUGAUGUAACUUUAGUUUUAAUCACUGCAUUUAGAUUCUGGCUAUAUUUGCAGAUUUUCUGACAAACUGUUCGGUUGUUGAGUAAAUGCACAAUUUGGUGUACUGGUAUUCUAAUCCAGCUGUCAAUAAAAUAGUUUAACUCCA